UCCAUAUGCUCUUACGUGGUGCUUUUGAUUAUUUGAACGUUUCUGUUAUUACGUCCUGCUGCUCGCUAGCUCGCUUCCCAGUGAGGCAACACGUGUUUGCACAGUGAAAUCCAGUCAGCGUGCUAACACACGCAUUAAAACCAAGCAGGAGGACAUGGAGUUUGAGGAGUCGGGCAUUGGAGAGGAAUGCGGGGUUUUCGGAUGUGUCGCUGCGGGAGAAUGGCCAACGCAACUGGAGGUGGCACAGAUACUGACACUGGGACUUGUGGCUUUACAGCACAGGGGUCAAGAAAGUGCUGGAAUUGUCACAAGUAAUGGAACAAACCCCCCAACAUACACCACCCUAAAGGGCAUGGGAUUAGUAAAUACAGCUUUUAAACCAGAUGAUUUACUGAAGCUCCGCAACGGCAACCUUGGGAUCGGACACACACGUUAUUCCACCACAGGGAUCUCAGAACUGCAGAACUGCCAGCCUUUCGUGGUAGACACCCUGCAUGGCAAGAUUGCAGUGGCACACAAUGGGGAACUGAUCAAUGCUUCUGCCUUACGCAAAAAGGUUAUGCGACAUGGUGUUGGCCUCUCCACCUGCUCAGAUAGUGAGCUUAUCACCCAGCUGCUUGCAUUGACUCCUCCCAUGGAGGAGCUGGAUACUCCUGAUUGGGUGGCUCGUAUUAAGAACCUGAUGAUGGAGACACCCACGUCAUACUCACUGCUCGUGAUGUAUAAAGAUGUAAUCUAUGCUGUGAGAGACCCCUAUGGAAACAGACCUCUCUGUAUUGGAUGUCUAGUGCCCAUCUCCAAACUGCACAGCUCAGGUGCUGGAGAAGGAGAUACAGAGGGCUGGGUGGUCUCAUCUGAGUCCUGUAGCUUUCAGUCCAUUGGAGCAAAGUAUUACCGUGAAGUGCAGCCUGGAGAGAUAGUCCAGAUAUCUAAACAUGGUGUAAAGAGUCUAAGUAUUGUCCCACGCCCAGAGGGAGACAAUCCUGCUUUCUGCAUAUUUGAAUAUGUUUACUUCGCCAGGCCAGACUCCAUAUUUGAAGGACAGAUGGUGUAUACAGUCAGGCAGCGCUGUGGACAGCAGUUGGCCAUCGAGGCCCCCACCGAUGCUGAUGUAGUAAGCACUGUUCCAGAAUCAGCCACACCUGCAGCAUUAGGAUACGCACAAGUUUCUGGCCUUCCAUAUGUGGAGGUUCUGUGCAAGAACCGGUAUGUGGGCAGAACGUUCAUUCAACCAAACACUCGCCUGCGUCAGCUUGGAGUGGCCAAGAAGUUUGGGGCAUUGACUGACAACUUUGCUGGCAAACGUGUGGUGCUUGUCGACGACUCUAUUGUCAGGGGCAACACCAUCUCCCCUAUUAUUAAACUGCUGAAGGAAGCAGGCGCAACAGAGGUCCACAUUCGAGUUGCCUCACCUCCGAUUCGGUAUCCGUGCUACAUGGGCAUCAACAUUCCAACCAAAGAGGAGCUUAUUGCUAACAAACCGGAGUUUGAGGAUUUAGCAGGUUACAUCGGUGCUACGAGUGUCUGUUACCUGUCUGUUGAAGGCCUGGUGUCGGCUGUUCGAGGUGUGACAGAGUCACAGGAGAAAGAUGAGAGGAUCAGCUCCAAAACUAAGACUAGUAGACUUGGCCACUGCACAGCAUGCCUCACAGGCAAAUAUCCAGUGGAACUCGAGUGGUGACCUUAACGCCUUCAAAUAAAUUCUGUCUACAAUUAUUUGAAGUGGUUUGUUGAAUGCUGCUUUAUGAAUGGAAUCAAAACCUAAAGGGAUAGGUCACCCCAAAAUAUAAAUGUUCAUUAAUUCACCCUUGUCAUUCAUAACCUGACUCUUUCUUCUGUGGAAAAAAUAUAUUUUGAGAAAUGUCUGUGGUUUUGUUUCCGUACAAUGGAAGUCAAUGGGGGCCAAUGUUGUUUGGUUACCAACAUUCUUCCAAAUAUUUUUUGUGUUCUGCAGAAGAAACUCAUACAGGUUUGAAAUGACAUGAGGGUGAGUAAACUAUUUUUUGGGGUGAACUAAGCUAUGAUGCUAGUUGCUAGCUUACUACAUGAUGAUUCGGUUGUAAAUGUACAGCAUAUAUAUAAAACGAACCAUAUACUCUGUUUAAACAGAAACAUUCUUUGGAUUUUACUUUUGAAGGCGACAGCUUUACAAUGAACAGCAAUUUAAAAUGCUAGUUCGGAUCAGAAUAGUCUCAUUUACAACACACUUAAUAUUCCUGUGAAAAUAGUUUAGUCUUGUUUCAUGCAAGUACUGUUUUCUGAUUAUGUUUUGUUUGAAUAUUAGUUAUAGCAGACAUAAUGCUGUAAAAGAUUGUCCUGCUUAUACACACAAGAAUCAAAAUCUGUAUGUGAAACAUGUUUAUUAAAAUUUUGUUUGAACAAU